AUGCAAUUAGUUAAACUACCACCAAAUUCCAAAGUAGCGGUAAUAGGUGCGGGUAUUUCCGGCCUAUCAUUUAGCUAUUUUUUAAGCAAAUUAAGACCAGAUUUGAAAAUCAAAAUCUAUGAAUCUAAAAAUAGGUGCGGUGGUUGGAUUAAUAGUGCUAGAACAAAAUUGAACACAAAUAGCAAUAAAACAGGAGGGGAAAUUCUAUUAGAAAAGGGACCACGAACAUUAAGGGGUGUUAGCGAUGGUACUGUAUUAAUUAUUGACAUUUUGCAAAAAUUGGGCUUGGAAAAUGAAAUUAAAUGCAUUGAAAGCAAUUCAGAAGCCAACAAAAAAUAUAUUUUAGAUGUUAACAAGAAAUUGUGCCAAGUUCCACCCACAGGCUUGAAAAGUUUCUUACACUUUAUUACUAAUCCAAUGAGCAAAGGUCUUUUGACUGGGAUAUUGGGAGAACCCUUUCGUUCGCCGUCUAAAGUGCAAGAUGAAACAGCUUACGAUUUUUUAAAAAGAAGAUUUGGCAAUACUUAUAUUGCUGAUAAUUUGUUCAGUGCAAUUUUUCAUGGUAUCUAUGCAGGUGACAUUAAACAAUUGAGUGUUAAUUGUACUUUAAAUAAGUUGGCUCAAAUGGAAAAAGAUUAUGGCUCGAUACUGAGGGCUGUCUACCACAAACGUAAUGCUAAACCUGAAAAAUCGUUAGUUUUAUCACAAUAUAAUGAGAAAUUUUGCGGCAAUUCUGCUGAAAUCGAUGAAAUCUCACAAUUAAACACUUUUUUAUCAAAAUAUCCAGCUUUAGGUUUAAAAAAUGGCUUAAGCACCUUGCCCAAUAGUUUAGAAUCCUACAUACUAAAAAAUCCAAAUGUAGAAAUUCAAUAUGGAAAGCAUAUUGAAAACUUCAAAUUAUUGAACCAUGAUAAGACUAACGCUCAGAAAAAGGCAGCUGUUGAAUUAGAUGGUGGUAAAGAAUUGUUUGAUCACAUACAUAUUACCGUACCAACAGCUAAACUUUUCUCUAAAUGUGAAAAUAUUGAUAAGGAUUUCAUUUUAAAAUUAGAAAAAUUAAAAUCGGCUAGUGUUAUAUUAGUUAACUAUUAUUUGCCAAAUAAAGAUGUUAUAUUUAGAAACCAUGGAUUUGGGUACUUAGUACCACAAUCGGUAACAAACCAUGAGUCUUUGUUGGGUGUUAUUUUUGAUUCAUGUAUUGAGCAAAGUUUUCAACCAUUAUUUGGCGCUAGAAGCGAAAUCCCAAGCCCUAAUCCACCUUAUACUAAAUUAACAGCAAUGUUGGGUGCAAAUCAUUCUUUUGUUGACUCUUUAUCAACUGCUGCCGUCGAUAAUGCUGGAGUGCCAUCACCUUCACUAGUUAAAGGAAUUGUAAAAGAAUGUUUUAAAGAACAUUUAGGUAUUGACGAGAAAGAUUUAGAAAAUGGACACUGGGAAGUUACCCUUGCCUCUAAUGCCAUUCCUCAAUAUUAUGUUGGCUACAAUCAUACUGACUUGGAGUCUAAAUUACCUUUAAAUGUGGUUACCGUUGGUGGUAUGAAAUUUAGUAAGGGUCCUGGUGUUCCUGACGUGGUGGUAAAAUCAUUUGAAACGGCUCUUGGUUUGGCAUAA